AUGAUCAGCACCUUCAUUACUCCGUCCCAUGAAUGGGAGAACCACUGGGUAGUCAUCACCGCAAUCGCCGGCUAUACAGCACUGGUCUGGCUUCUCCGACACCGUCGCAUGAAGCAGAUCCAGGCGCCCUUCAGUUCCGGAAAAAGACAGCUAUCGUCCAUGACAGUCAAGGAAUCGUACGAAAUUAUCGAGCAGCUCCAGACCCUCGAAUUCCCAUAUGCAUUUUCCAAGGGUCGGCGGAUGGCUUUGUUAAAGGCUGGAGGAAUCCCAAGCAUGUCGAAGUUAUUCGCCGUUACGGGCCAGAACAACAAGCGCAAUGCCGGGAGACGCGCAGUCGACACCGAGAUCCUACUGCGCGAGGCCCAGUCCAAGCCGCGCGAUUCUGACCGAUACGCAGCGGCUGUGGCGAGAAUGAAUUAUCUACACUCACGCUAUCGCCGUGCCGGUAAAAUCACCGACCCCGACCUCCUGCACACCCUAGGGGAUGGCCUGGCAGAGAUCCUCAAUGUCGUUUCUCGAGAGGAAUGGCGUGAGUUCACAGACGUUGAAAAGUGCGCACUGGGCGUGUUCCAUCGCCACCUAGGCGAAGACAUGGGCAUCCCAUUCGACCCGCUCCCUUCAGCAUCAGAAGGCUGGACCGAUGGAGUGCAUUUUGGCAAAGAACUGGUAGACUGGACAGUCCGCUACGAAGAGGAAGUUGCGAAGCCGGUGGCGACAAAUGACCAGUAUGUCAGGGUUUAUGUUGAUUCGGCGCUCUCGUCGCUUCCGGGGGUUUUGAGGACGACUGUGCGGAAGGUGUUGGGAUAUGCUUUGGAUGAUGUGAUGCGGACGAGUUUGUGUAUUGAGAAACCCGGUCCGAUAUUCUGCUUCGUGCUGGGUUUUAUCCAGGAAGCGCGGAAACUGUUACUUCGAUACCUGGCACUGCCACGCCCGUCGUUUCUUGCUGUCAAACCAGUACAUGAUAAAGCAAACCCUGAGACGAAAUUAUAUAAUUUCGAGAGAAAGGGCCUACAGCCAUGGUAUAUGAAGGCCAGCUUUGCGUCUAAAUGGGGACCUGCCGCGUUGCUGGUCAAAGCUUUCGGGGGGAGGGUGCCUGGUGCACAGGGAGACCGAUAUAUAUCUCAGGGAUACGAUCUGAUGACUAUUGGUCCUGAACCGCAGAAAGGAAAAGGAAUUGAAGAGAUGGAGGUGGAUAUUGAGGCUAUCAAGGCAAAGGGUGUGGCUACCUGUCCGUUUUCUCAAGCGAAGUCUGGGGCUUUUAAUUAG